AUGCGAUUUCAGAUUUUUACCUAUAGAAUUAAUUACGCAUCAUCUCCUCUUCUCGAAUACUCUUAUCCCCCAAUCAAUGAAACCAUCGUUACGAAUAUCACAAAUGGUGAGCUUUCGGAGGCGAGCUUAUGUAUAGCCAUUAUUGCAGUGCCCAAACUAUAUACUCAAGUGCUUCAUUUGAUGAACAAGAUGAAUUUACCUCCUCCUUUCGGUCCAGCAAGGAAGCGUCCAGCAAUGCCUGAAGCAGGUCAAAUAAAAGAUGAGAUCAAAUCCUAUGGAGAGAGUGUAUUGAAGAGAAACCAUGAAGCUAAGGAAGAAAACGUGAAAAAGAAGCAACAACAAUUAGGAGAGGAAGAAGAAGAAGAAGAGGAGGAGGAGGAGGAGGAGGAGACUUUAGAUAGCAAACGACCUCACAUUGAUAAUCCAUUUAGUAAGACCGAGGUGAUCCAGCCACCUGCUCCUUCUACAGCUCCUGCAAAGGAAGCACCCUUGAUACAGCCGGCGAAAGUCAUUUCGGUGGACAAGUCGGAGAUCAAGAACAUGUUCGCUACUCCUACGGCUGUUCGUUCCUGCGUUUCUCUACAAGAUAUUCUGAAACAUCGCAUCAGCAAAGAAGAGAUGAGCCAUCAGAAGGCCUUCAAAAACUACUCCUAUGGCGAUCCGAGUUGCAAGCUGUAUCUGCGAAAUAUGGCGAAGGACGUGACAGCGGACGAUUUGCUUCGCCUAUUUGGAUGCUUUUUCGAUAGUGACGAGGAAGCCAGCGCGUACACGGUGGAGAUGGAGAUGAAGUGUAGGAAACUGGAGAUCCGCAUUAUGGAAGGCAGGAUGCGUGGCCAGGCGUUUAUUACGUUCCCUUCGGUGGAGUUGGCGCGCGAAGCGUUGGUUACAGUGAAUGGAUAUUUGCUGAAGGAGAAGCCGAUUGUGAUAGUACGUGGAGUGUUGUAUCUCUAUUGUAGUGUUUCGGAAAGCAGACGUAGCGAGCGAUAG